AUGCGCCUUCUAAAAACUAAGCAUGUAACUGUGCCACUUAAAAGACCACUGCUGGUAAAUUAUGACAACAUUGAUGACCCAUCCGACCCCGACGUGCCAGCAUCUACAAGUGCCUUUGUGAGUACAGGUUCGUCGAGAGUAGUUUCUGAAGCAGCAGGGCCAUCAGCAUCAAAUGUACCAAAACAAAGUGCCAUCACACAGUAUAUAAGUAAGCCAAUUUCUCUCACAAAAUCAAAAGCUAUAGACUUACAGAUCACUAAAUUUAUCGUCAAACAUUUUCAUCCUUUUUCAUUGGUAGAAGAAACAGAAUUCCAUAAUCUGAUGCUUGCACCAAAUUACAUUGUACCUUCCAGAAAAACAAUAUCAAAUAGUUUGCUAAUACAAAUGUACGAAAGUGUUCUUGAAAAAGUUAAAACUGACUUACAUGAUGUGAGUGCCGUAUUUUUGACCACAGAUGGUUGGACAUCCAUCAACAACCAACAUUAUAUAGCCUUGACCGUCCAUUUUUUAAAUUCUGAGACUAAAUUGUGUUCUAGACUAAUUGGUUGCAUCAACUAUAAUGAGCAAUGUACGUCAGUUGAACUUGCCAAGUUUUUGAUGACUACUGUUGAAGCAUGGAAUAUUGAAGAUAAAAUAUCAGCAGUAGUCACAGAUAAUGCUUCAAAUAUAGUCAAUGCUGUAAAGAAAAAUAAUUGGAGACAUGUCCCAUGCUUUGCUCAUGUCCUUUAUAUCGGCAUUCAGCGUGGUCUGACACAUUUGAAAACUAUCAUGACUAAAAUAAAAAAUAUAGUUGAAUUUUUCAAGCAAAGUUCUGGGGCUCUGCAUAAAUUACAGAAGCAUCAAAAACAAAUGGGUUUACCAGAUCUUAUGCUGAUUCAGGAGUGCAAAACUCGUUGGAAUUCAGCCUAUCACACGAUAGAAGAGUACUAA